AUGCAAAAGCAAGAGAAAAGCAAAAACAAAAGCGAAAGCAAGAGCAAAAGUAAAAAGAAAAGUAAAAGCAAAAGCAAAGGCAAAAGAAAAAGCAAAAACAAAAGCAAAAACAAAAGCAAGAGCAAAAGUAAAAGCAAAAACAAAUGCAAAAGCAAUAGCAAACGCAAAAACAAAAGCGAAAGCAAAAGCAAGGGAAAAGCAAGAGCAAAAACAAAAGCAAGAGAAAAGCAAAAACAAAAGCGAAAGCAAAAGCAAGGGCAAGAGCAAAAGAAAAGCAAAAGGAAAAGAAAGAGCAAGAGCAGGAGCAAUAGAAAAAGCAAGAGUAAAAGUAAAAGCAAAAACAAAACCAAAAGCUAUAGCAAAAACGAAAGCAAAACCAAUAGCAAAAGCAAAAACAAGGGCAAAAGAAAAAGCAAGGGCAAAAUCAAAAGCAAGAACAAAAGCAAAAGCAAAAGCUUCGUGCCGCAAGCCGAAAUAUGUAGGGAUAAAGACGGGAGCCUACUGACGGACAACCGUGAGAUGAUCGAAAGGUGGAUGCAACGCUUCAACGAGCACCUGAACGGCGAGGAGAAUGUAGGUACAGAUGACCAAGGCAACGGAGGAUUUGACUACGUCAGUACAGUUGAGGACGGGAAUGAACCAACUCCCACGUUGAGGGAAGUUAAUGAUGCCAUUCAACAUCUCAAGAACAACAAAGCAGCUGGAAAAGAUGGUAUCGCAGCAAAGCUCAUCAAGUUGGGCCCGGAAAGGUUGGCCACUUGUCUGCACCGAAUCUUCGAUGCUGGAACCAGGAACAAGAAUACUCGAUCAAGAAAUCAGGAUCUAGGAUCGAUCCUAGAAGAAGAAAUAAGGAUCCCGGAUGCUGGAUACUUAAACCAGGAUAAUGGAUCCUCAAUCCUGGAAUCACUAUCCUAG